AUGCAGAAUCUCUUCACACUGAUGUGGUUCACCUGGCUAAGCGUCACACUUUUCGACGUGCGCUUCAGCAUCGACUGCGUCUGGAACCGUUUUCACAAAGCCAUACAGUUCGGCAUCUUCACAGGCUUUGUGUAUGCCGGCCCCGUUUUCGACAAGUACAGCACCAGCGGUGUCGAGAAAUCCUACCGGAAUUUUGCUAUCGUGCUCGUCAUCGGCAGAAUCGCAAUCGCUGUUCAAUACGCCGUGGUUAUGUGGCAAGGUCGCAUGUUCCGCCAGACAUUGAUUCCGUUAGGGCUCAGUGCAGGUGUACAUGCUGCUGCUGCGAUAUGCUAUGCCGUUACCAUGGUUGUGUUUCCCAAGGGCCGUGUUGGUCUUGAGGAACAACUUGCAUGGGUCAUCAUAUCCAUUAUUGAAGGUCUUCUAAUCUUCCUCAUCGCCAUGAUUUGGCGCAUCAUCAGUUUCAAAUACACCCAUCUAGCGGAGCGACUGCAACUCCUUACGCUCAUCAUCAUUGGGGAGGGUAUCAUCGGGAUGGUCAAGAGCGUGGCAUCAAUUCUCCUCUGCGUCGAAGGCAACACCUCUCUCAUCGUGUGGAACUCAGCCGUGCAAGCUCUUAAGUGGAUUUGGUCGUUCAAACCCGAGAACUACUACGACCCAGCCAAUGGCUACUCGGACACCGACAGCUACAUCGACUACCUCAAUCAGAGCAUGAACGCUAUCAACGGGAGAUUCAAGAGCAAAGCCUGGAACACUACAUACAACUGGAACACGAACUUCACUGCGAUCGAGAAUUACACUGCAACGUACGGCUUCAAAUCAAACGAAUGGAACAAUCGAACCGGCGACGUUGUCCGUCACAUGUUCGACAGGGCGCAAGUCUUCGUGUACGAGGCACAUUAUGACUCUCUUGCGAAGCUCAACGCCGUUGCCGCGACUACAGCUAGUCCGCGGAACAAGCUAGAUGCUGUUUCCGAUGUCUUCAACACCACUACCAUGCAGUUCUUCAUCGGCGCAGGCUGUCUGCUGUUGGUGCUGGCGAUCAUGUACUGGUUCAACAAGAUCCACAAGACGAAGUAUGAGUUCGGCGAGAUCAUCAACAGAGUUGUUGUCGGCUUUACGCUUAUCAUCCUGGGAAUCUCUGUCGUCAUUGCGGACAAGACCACCAGUGGUUUCAAUUUCAAGGGGAGUCAUUGGAUGAUUCCCAUAGUGGUGCUGUUCUUUGCUGCAGUACUGUUUUUUGACAACAUCCUACUUGUUGUCGCACAAUACACCAGCCGCCAUCCACGUCACUCGCACAACCGCGAUAUCUCAUGGGGUAACAGGACCCUGAACAACGACAGCGACGACAACGAAACUGGCGGUCUCAUAUCGAAACACCCCAGCCGCGCACCAAGCCCUGGCGGCACACCCAAAGGCGCGCCUCGCAGCCGAAGCCACACACCAACACCUCCUUUGAACAGAGUUCAAACCGCGUACACACCAUUCGCAGACUCGCCGCCUCAGCCCCGCGACUUUGUCACAGGUCCAUCAAACGGCAAGGCUAGAAUGCUAAGUCACAGUCCUGGCCCAGCGGUUGACAGUGAAGCCACACUCCAAGACGAAGGCAACCACGCAGGGCAUGGCCGCGGCAGAGCCAACACGGCUGACUUCUCGUACGAAAACACGCCUACCAGUGCUUUACCCAGGAACCAAGGGCUAGGCAUUGGUAUCACGGUUCAGCGAGCCAGUACACCGAGCUUGUACGGUAGCAAUCACCAGAAUGGUGACCUGCGAGAGAAGGCUACUUGGAAGAGCUUGGGCGUUAUGACUGAAAACGAUUAUGAGGGAAGGGGAUAUGGUGAUGCUGGAUUGCAGCAACCGAUGCGUGCAAGGGCUGUUAGCUUUGAGAAUCAUGGGCCUGGCGCUUGA